CAUACUGUAGUAGUAUUUUAAGAUUUUAAGAGAAACCAAACAAAGUUGCAAACCAAAUAGAAUCAAGCUACAUUCUGCAAAUGCAUUCCACAAGCAGCACAAAAACCACAACUAUUCGACUAUUCGACAAGUUCAAAAUGGGCCUUGCGCUGCUGCUGCUGCUGGUUAGCUGCUUGGGCUGUCCGGCCAUAAUUGAGGCAUGCUCCAGCCGCACCGUGCCCAAGCCGCGUCCAUCGAUCUCGUCGUCCAUGUCCGGCAUUGCGCUGCCGCCAACACAGGCGCCGCCGCCAACAACGAGCACAACAACAAUGCGCACAACCACAACAACGACGACGCCGAGGCCGAACAUUACAUUCCCGACAUACAAGUGCCCGGAGAACUUUGAUGCCUGGUACUGUCUGAACGAUGCCCACUGCUUCGCCGUGAAGAUUGCCGAGCUGCCCGUCUACAGCUGCGAGUGCGCCAUCGGAUUUAUGGGCCAGCGCUGCGAGUACAAGGAAAUCGACGGAUCCUAUUUGCCCAAGCGACCGCGUCCCAUGCUCGAGAAGGCCAGCAUCGCCAGCGGUGCCAUGUGCGCCCUCGUCUUUAUGUUGUUCGUCUGUUUCGUUUUCUAUUUGCGUUUCGAGCAGCGUGCAGCCAAGAAGGCCUUCGAGCUGGAGCGCGAGCUGCAGCAGGACGAGGAGGGCAGCGAUCAGGAGCAAUGCGAGUGCUGUCGGGCGCAGUGCUGCGCUUCCGGAGAUGAGCCGCUCGUUGUGGACCGCAAGCUGCCCUAUCAUAUGCGGCUGGAGCACGCCCUGAUGUCGUUCGCCAUCAGGCGCAGCACAAAGCUUUAAAUCGAAACUGAAAUACUCAAUAUUUAUAUAGACAAGUAUAAUAUCUGUGUAACAACCAAUCGAUUUGCCUUGCCCAUGUUAUGCAUGUUAUGUCAAAGUUUAAAAUGCGUAUUACGAAUUUCAAUGUGCUUUAGUCGUAGUCAAAUAUCGUCCUAUUAACUAAAUGUUAAGUGUAACCUUUGUAUUCCAAGCCACAAUCCAAUCCCAAGUGUGUGGUGCUUAUAUCG